AUGCACUUACGAGCCCGGUCGAAGACGGCGGCGACUAUAGAGCGGGAGUUGGGGGAGGUGGAGAUGCCGCAGAGUCCCCACUACGAGGAAGAGGCUGCGUUGCAGCGGCAAGGACUUCUUCAUGAGCAGCAAACGUACUUCAGGGAAGAGGAGAAGAUGUCGUCGAGUAGUACUGGACUGCGGGCUGUCUUCUACAACCAGGGCAAGACUUUCUUUCUGUUGCUGGCUUCUUGGCUGCUGUUUUAUCUCUACAUCAGGCUGCCCCGCACGGCCGACUCGCCACCCAGCGUGGUUGAAGACAUACCAUCUCAGGAAGUAGACGAAGUCUCUGAAGCCAUCUUGGAUCCUGCGAAUCUUCACCUUCUCAUACCUGCAUCCGCCCCGGAUCCCAACUUUUGCAAGGCCGUCCUCAGUGCUGGUAUACUGGGAUAUCCGGCUCCAGUCAUUAUCGACGUGGACGAAGGCUCGGACGCGGGACUGUAUACCAAGCUCUCUGGUGUGAAGAACUAUCUCAAGAAACUGGACACCAGUCACGAUGAAGACCUGGUACUGCUGGUGGACGGUUACGACAUAUUCAUGCAGUCGCGACCCCAGACCCUCAUCGACCGCUACUUCGGCAUCAAUGUGAAUGCCGAUGAACGGAUCGCCACCCAACUGAAAGGCGCCGCAGAGGACAAUGAUAUCAGACAAGAGAUCAUCUUCGGCGCUCAAAAGCGAUGCUGGCCUUGGUCAGAAACCGAUCCAGCCUGCUACGCCAUGCCUCCAUCCUCCCUCCCCAAGGAUAUCUACGGCCCCAACACAGACACCGACAUAGGCAACGAACUCAACCCCUACAUCAAAUUCCGCCCUCGGUACCUCAACUCCGGCGUCGUCCUCGGCAGCGUCCGCGCCAUGAAGAAGCUCUUCUCCCAAGCCCUCGAGAUCCUCCAAUACGAAGCCAAUAUGCUUAGCGACCAACACAUCUUCUCGCACAUCCUCGGCGACCAAGAACUCUGGCGCGAAGCAAUCCGUCGAGACAGUCUAUCCGGGCAUGAGAAACUCCUCGACACGAUCAAGGACUUCGUGCCCAACACCAAGUUCAACACCACCCAUCUCGACCUCGUCCGCAUCAAAGCCGCCAUGCGUAAAGAGAAGAGCUACGAAUUCCACAUCGGCCUCGACUACGCCAGCGAACUCGGCCUCAGCACCGUCUUCGCGGAAGACGAAACCGCCUGGCUGACCUGGUCCAAUACAAACCAACUCCUGCAAGCUGACCAAACCCUCAACAUCACCCCGUCCGCCUCCCAACUCCAAAACCUCUCCACCGACAUCUCCACCACCCUCCCGCCCUUCUGGACCUUCAACGUGGAAAAAUCCCUCCAACGCUGGAAACCCUGGACCGACAUCCCCCUCUUCACAAACAUCCCCACGGGCGUCGUCCCGGCUAUAAUCCACCACAACGCACACCGCGAAGGCCGCGAAGCGCUGCGGCAUACCUGGUGGCCGGAGACGUGGUUCUACACCUCCGCGAGGAUUCUCUACGACGCCUGGGUGUACGAGCCCCUGGCGCCGAUUGCGUUUAGUGGCGGGAGGGAUUGGUGGCCGGCGGAGAAGUGGAAGGGGGGUGCGAAGAAUUGGACAAGGAAGGCGGAUGGGAUGAAGUGGGAGGAGCAGUGGGUUAGGUUUGAGAGUGUUUGUGGGGAGUUUCAUGAGGAGGUUUUUGGGGAUGGGAGGGGGGUGUGGAAGUUGCCGGAGGAUCAUUGA